AUGGUCCAACGCGGCCAACAGACAAUGGAACCGGGGAGAGUCGGCCAUUCUCCUUGCCCACAUGCUGAGAGCACAGACCCACCGAUGCCCUGCUUCCCCCCCAAGACCGGCGGGGUUUAUCCCAGUCAAGCCCUCAGAGGCAACCUUCCUGCAAAAACCCCAAAGGCUGAACCCGGCGGGCAGCAGGAAGAAGCAAAGACAGGCAAAAUGGCUGCCAACACGUGCGCUCAGGCCACGGAGAGGCCUGACCUCAUGGCUAAGUUCGACGACCUACUCAACAAGUUCUGGCGAACACUAGCAUCCAGGUCGCAAACGGCUAAAACAAGCAAGCCAGCCACACACUUACCCACAGCGAUGCCGAUGAUCUCUCAACAAGGGUGCACACCUCUCUGGGCAUACAGAGUCCACACACGGCGCCGAAAAAAGGCAAGGCAAAGGGCCGGCAAACCCACGCGACUGACGACACCAACGGCGGCGCUCCGCUGCAACAAGCAUCCAGCAACAACCAACUUAGCGGCAAGACAUGGCAAGGAGAGCCUGCAGCACCUACACCUCACCCCAGAUACACGGAUCCGCUCAUGA